AUGGUGUCCGUCAACGACAUCUUCAACCGUCCUCCGACAAUCUCGGAGGACACCCUCCAGUACUGCCUGUACCUCCCCCAGGACCAGACAGACCGCGUCUCUGCCACCGCCCUCGCCACGCUCAUGAUCGAAUACACGCAAACGCUGCUACCUGAACACCUCUGGCACCGUGACUCCUUCGAGCUCAAGGUGGCCCCGGACCCAGAGGGCGACAAGGACUCUUGGGUGCUCGAGGGCAGGAUGCGCGUCGGAGACUGCAUAGACGACGAAUGGUGCGCCGUUUGGCUCCUCCGCGAGCUUACAAAAAAGUGGGAUGUCGCCGCCAGUGUGUGGGACUCGGACGGAGAGUUUUUGCUCAUCGAGGCCGCCGAAGAACUCCCCUCGUGGGUCUCCCCCUCGAACGCGGAGAACAGGGUCUGGAUCCAUAACUCACGCAUACACCUCGUUCCACUCUCACACGUCUCUCCACCAUCUAGCAAAACGCACCGCCGCCGGUAUCUUCCACAUCAAGGCGACGAGGAUGAGGAGGCGCUAUACGAGAAUGAAGACGGAGAAGACUUCAUCACCGCGCACGACGCAGUGAAGCUUGUUCGUGAUCCUCUGGCUCGGACGACAGCGCCAGAAACAGUCGAGCAGACCGUGUGGAAACGGAUAUCUGGGUAUCCGGCGGCUUCCCGUCAGCAUAUCCAUGUAACGAAAGCGUACCUGCCAGCUGAUGUCGCCAAGGCUAUCUCCGUCAAUCCGCCAUUGGUGCAGAAGGCAGUCGAAGCCUUCUACACCCGCGAUGCCCUACAACUUCGAUCUGCACAGAAAAUGGCCCGCUUCCCACCCGAACCUUCAGCGCUCGCAGCUGUCAGGAUGACACGGACGGCCUACGCACAGCUCGUCGGCCAGAAGUUUCACCCGCCGAAGAUAUUUGGUCGGUGGUCCGAGAAGGAAGGCUCAAAGGAGUGGCGCUGGAGAGACGUCGGGAUGAAAAUCGCCUGCGGCUUUGAGAUGUUGUACCAGGAGAGCAAGAACCGCAAGGACGCGCUGUCCGCCAACUUCGACGGUUCCCCGGCAUCCAUGGACGCUCUCAAGGACAACUUACGCCGAAACUCCGAGUACACCCAGUACAUCGAGUGUCUCUCGGCAGCAGGCUACUUCAAGGGCGAGUUACAGGGAUCCCAGCAGUGGACGGCUCUUGAAAAUCAAGCCGCGUCUGCCUUUGUCGCCGCACGCAAAGACGAUGACGCAUCUCGCCCGUCGUUUGCCACCGUCGUCCAGGCCGCCAUCGUCCAGUAUACGGACCACCGCGGGCUACCUUCCGGAGAGGAAGACUCAGACGAUUGGCUGAACGUUGACGCGGCCGACUUCGACGCCAUGCUCGAAAAGACCGCGGGUUCGAGCCGGGACAAGGGAAAAGGCAGAGCCUCCGACAGGAUGGACGUCGACGCCCCGGAGGAUGAGGAAGAGCGCAUCGCUAAGGCGCAAGCUGCCCGCUUGAAGGACCUUGCAAAGCAGGUGGAGGACUUCGUGGAGGGCGAGGGAGAUCUCGAGGGUGCCCGCUUCGCAGAUGAAGCCUCCGAUGCAGGCGACAGCGAUGACAGCGACGAUGCAGACGAUGACGAUGAUGAAGCCAUGGACGAGGACGACGGGGAAGACGAGGACGCGCCUCAUCCAGCCUCCUCGCCCCUCAGCGAGGAACAGCGCAAGGCCCGGCAGGAGGCCAUGGACAAGCUCGUCCCCGGAAUCGACCCGUCGGAAUACGGCAAAAUGCCCGCCAGCUUCCACAGCAACUCGCAGCGGACCGCGCCCGUCACGCUCGACACGGAGCUCCGCGAAGAGCUGCCUUCCCUCAGCGGCACCACGCGAAUACCGGAGACCGUGCCCGCCCGGCCAAUCCGACCCCCGAUUCUGCCGCGCGACAAGUACGACGGGGUGGACUCCGACGACGAGACCGACGAAGACGAGGGCGACGCAGACGAGGAAGAGGACGACGAGCACCCGCAGGUCGUGGGCGAAGUAGAGAUCGACAUGGCCGAGGAGGAAGAGGAGUUCAUCGAGUUUGCCCGGCAAGCGUUAGGAGUCACUGAUGAGCAGUGGAACGAUAUAUUGCGCGAAAGAAGCGAAAGAGGCGCGUUCGUACCUACUCGCGGAACUGCGACGAACAAGCAUGCAGCCAGCACCGCACCGAGCCCAUCGUCGCCGCCACAGGGAAUUGAUCGUUCGCGAGUCGACCCCGACCCGACACUCAACUCCUUCGAGGCUGUGAUGCGAGCAAUGGACGAAGAGCUUGCGCGUGGGCGCGGUGAACGUACCGGCGCAAACGCCUCUGGUUCUUCGGCCUCGAAAGGAAAGGGGAAGGGGAAGGCCGAAAAUGAGAGCGAGGAUAUAGACAUCGAGGCAGCCAUGGCAUCUGAGCUUCACGCGUCACUUGACAAGGGCGAUGAAGAGGAUGGAGAGGAGGAGCUCGAUUACCAGCUCAUCAAGAACUUCCUGGAAAGCUUCAAGAGCCAAGCUGGAAUGUCGGGACCGGUCGGGAAUCUGGUCGGACGGCUCCAGCAAGGAUGGACACUUCCCCGAGACGACUCAUGAAUGUCAUCAAUGUGCAUCGAAUAUCGAAUAUUCC